AUGGGCGUCUCUAGUCAUGUCUUCAAAGCUCAAGCCUCCACGGCUCGCCCACUUGCGGUAGCAGAGUUCCUAAGCUCUCUAUCUAAAAUAUGCACCACCGCCGAGAGCUCUCAUCGGGGGCAGGCGGAGACCUUCGGCCUGGCUAUCAGCGGUGGGGUUGACUCAAUGGCCCUUGCUACUCUCUGCUCUCAACUCCAAUCCACGUAUCCCGGCACUGGUCUCCCUCCCUUGGGUUCUCUCCGGAAAAUCGACUUUCGGGCUUUUGUAGUGGAUCAUGGGGUUAGAGCCGGAAGUACUUCUGAGGCAAAUUCUGUUGCUAGACUCCUUGAAGGACGAGGUGCGGAAAUUGCCUACUUCGGCCAAGCUCUAUGGCUAACUAGAUAUUUAGGCAUACAAACGCAGGUGCUGCAGAUCAACUGGCCUGGAUGUGAUAAUCCAGCAGAUAAGCCUAAUUUUGAAUCCCUGGCCAGGAAGUAUCGCUACCAGAUAAUGGGCAAAGCCUGUAAAGACUUAGGAAUCAGGUCCCUGCUUCUUGCCCAUCACGAAGAUGAUCAGGCGGAAACUAUCUUGAUGAGGCUGAUUAAAGGCCAUGGCAGGCUUGGUCUCAUGGGUAUGAAGGUUGAUGGUGGAAUUCCAGAAUGCUACGGCAUACAUGGCGUCUAUGAGAGUGGAGGGAUCCCUAUCCAAAGUCCUCUCAUUGAACCCCAUUCGGAGCAUAACGCCCUCGCCUUCCCCCAAAAUUCGGAACAGAUGAACCUAUUUUAUCAAGCUCGGUUACCUAUAGAGACAGGUGGUAUCAAGAUUUAUCGGCCCUUGCUGAGCGUUGGCAAAGAGAGGUUGAUAGCUACCUGCCAGGCUGAGGGAAUGGAGUGGUUUGAAGAUCAUACGAACAAGGACCCGACACUCACGACAAGAAAUGCUAUCAGGCAUAUGUACAAAUCCUACUACAUGCCAGCCGCCUUAACAAAACCUGCUCUCCUCGAGCUAUCAGCAAGAUGCAGGGCGGUCACCAAUUCCGAACUGGAGGUGACGAAACAGUGGCUUGCUCGGUGUGACAUACGAACCUUCGACAACCGAACUAGCAUCUUGGAUAUCCGAUUUCCAGAUCUCAAAACAUUUGCAAAUACACAGCAGGCGGAUGGCCAACUCCUGGCGGCGAACAUUAUCCGCUAUAUCGUCAUGCUUGUUACACCGGAAGAACAUGUAUCGCUCUCCUUUCUAAACACCGCCGUAGAACGUGUUUUCCGCGAGGUCAUGACAAGUAAAAAAAAUCAGCGAAAGCCCCCCAUGGCGUUCACAGUGGCCGGGGUUGAAUUUCGACCCAUUAUUGAGGGUGUCUCUCACGCCCGUCACCAGGGCUCGAAGCCCCCUGUAGAAGAGAAGUGCAGAUGGCUUAUAUCCCGGCAGCCAUACAACUCCAGCUCAGAAACGCACCCCUCCAUCCUCGUCCCUCCACCUCACUCUCCCCUCGAAAAUACAUGGUCAGAAUGGACCCUCUACGACGGACGAUACUGGAUCCGUAUUAAAAACCGCGGCCCAAUGCCAGUCCUCGUCCGACCUUUCCGCAAGGAACACCUACAUAGAUUACUACGUCCCCCCAAUUGGAUCGGUAAGGGACGAAGGCUAAAGCAGAUACUGAAGAGAAUUGCACCCGGAGCUUCAAGAUGGACGAUACCAGCUCUUGUACUUCGAGGAAAUGAUGCUAAGGAAGUGCCGUUUGCUCUUCCAUCCCUAGAUUUCCGGGAUCCUGACCUGGGGGCCGAGGUGGAUUGGGAAAUCAGGUAUAAGAAACUGUACACUGAUGGACUUCCACAGCUUCACUCCACCUUAGAAGUGUAA